AUGGAAUUCAACUUGAACUGGUCAUCAGUGCUGGUGGAAUUAUGUGAUAAGAAGCUGCAACAUGCCGAGAUACACGUUUAUCUCACCGUGCCAACUGUGAGUUUUUGUUCAUGCAUAGGUGAUGUUGACAUUAAGAAAACAUACUGGAUUACUUGCAAUGUUGACCCCGACAUACAACAAUUAUCUACCCAAGCAAUUUUUGUAGUGAGGCCUCGUGAUCUGAAUAGACUGCUUGCAAAUUUUCAGUCAUCCCUUCAGGAAAUUACUAUCAUUGCAACGGAACGCAACUCCGAUCCUUCUGAUGCUGCAAGUGAAUUUGAUGGGAAAGCUGUCGAGUUUAGAAGCUACGUUGAUCCUACCAAAGAGAACGACUCUUUGCUGCACACUCAGCUGUGGAUCGAUCCUGCGGAAGAGUUUGUGCAGUAUGCUCAUAAUGGCAACCCAGUAGACGUGACUUUUGCCGUCAAAGAGUUGAAGGCAUUUCUUGCAUUCUGUGAGGGAUGUGAAGUGGACAUUCAUUUGCGCUUUGAGAAGGCUGGCGAGUAAUUAAAUUCUGGAUGCUCUUUUGACUCUUACCUUUCUUUCCAUGCUUCACUUCAAUUUUGUAUAUGCAAGUAGUUCAGAUGCAACGAGUAGUUUUCACGCAAUCAGUGCAUAACUGCUUUUUAAUAGAUGCAUGAUUGCUAGUUGCUCAGAGAUUCAAUACAUGCUAAUGCAUGGCUUCACAAUCACACUCGUAAAGGCUGAUGACAAUUUUAGUUCUGACUAAAUGUCAAAAAACAAGAGACUACCGUUGAAAAUUUGGUGGAUAGUAUAUAGUGAACCUUCAAAUCAAGUUUGGAUAACAAUGGUUUAAGUUUAAGUUCGGAUGAUAAACGUAUUAAUUAUUAAGUUUG